UGUGAAUAAUUUGUCUGCACUAGCUUAAAACACAUGGAAGUUGCUUGUGCAACUAAAGCUGUGCAUGUAGCUAGCAUAUAGCUACUCCAUGCAUUGUUUCUGCUCUUAUUGGACUGACUUGACUUUCUGAAGUUUAAGUUGCAAUUGAUUGCACAAUGAUUGUCCUGUGGUUGAUGUGGACCUCACUGUCCCUUGGAUCAGGAGUGGAGAUCACCCUCACACAAGACAGCAUCCUCUGUCCAACAGUUGCUGCUGCUGGUCGGUUCUGCUCCACUCUGAAUGAUCAAAUCUCGUCAACUGAACUAAUUCCGGACAAUUCUGUCAUCAAUUUCAUGCCAGGCACUCACAAGUUUUUCAAUACCAGUGGAAUAAAUGCUUUUAUCAUUGAAGACGUGCACAAUAUCACUCUCGCCGGAAUUGGUGGGUUUUGCGAAAUUGUGUGUGAGGACCGAAUGAUUUUCAUGUUCAUGAAUGUAACCAAUUUAACUAUUUCAAACUUGAGUUUUGUGAGCUGUGGUGGGCCGAUUCCAUGUGAUAUUAUACGAACUUUACAAGCUUCCGAAUCCUUUUUCUCUGUAUCUGACUUCCCCUACAUAACACUGUUUCUAAAUGACAUUGAAAACCUCCAAUUACUGAGUGUGAAUGUGACUGGAUAUGGUCGCAAUAUAGAUCUAAUGGGGAACUCUAAAUUCCGAUUCAAUAAUUUCAAUUUCCAGAAGAGGGGGUGCUCCAUUCCCGAGUCGUAUGGUCAACUCACAUGUGCCGGUGGAGGGUUCGCUAUAGGGUACACUGACACACCCACUUGUGAGGUUGCUAGGGAUAUGCAAACAUUGGACAUUGUCUCUAGUUAUAAACGACGAAGCAUUGAUAAUGUAGCCUACUUGUACAUAUUUUUUACAUGUCUAGCGGCCCUUAUAACGUGCCGAGAAUUAUGUUGCUGUCUCCACUGUCACAAGCUCCGAGACCUGUCAGCCCAGGACAAGCUAGAGCACCAGCGAGUGGUCAAGGACUUGGAGAAGAAUGCAUCAGAGCUGAACCAACUCAAGGAGGACAGAGAUAAGAUGGCAAAGGAACUGCAGGAAUUUGUUGAGAUCAUGGACAAGCUUAAGGAACAGGUGGACAUUGCCCUGGGCGCUGAAGAAAUGGUGGAGAAGCUGACUGACACUAACCUUGAGUUAGAGGAGCAACUGAACACGCUCACAGACACGGUGGCUGACCUCGAGGCCCUCAGGGACUUGAGUGAGGAACAAGAAGAGCUGCAGAUGGAAGUGGAGCAUGAACUGAGGGAGGAGCUAGACCUUAGCCUCAACAGCACUAGACAGGUGGAGAGAAAACUUAAUGCAGCCCAAGAGAUCAUAAUUGAUCAGCAACAGACGAUUAAGAAGUUUCGGGAGCUGGUCCACAAUCUCCAGUCUGAUCUGACUGACCUGCGAGAGUGUGGGGAGAGGGCUAGGGACAGUGGGAGCAGUGGGACGGACACUCAGAAGGUCAUGAACCUCAACGUGCAACAUACGAUUGACUUUGAGUUGCGUAAGCUGGACGCACAACAAGCAGCUGAACAUAUCGACCUUCUCAACUCCUUCAUGCCCAACUUAUUCCUCGUCAGCGGAGGGGACUAUGAUGCCCUGUUGGUGCUCAUGCUUCUCCCUCGACUGACCUUCAAGGCCGAUAUGCUCAAAGAUCAGCUGAGACAACAACACAAACUGGACGAGGCUCUUGGAUCAUUGAGCACACUCACACCCCAGCAAGCAGACCAGUUGACCUUUGUACUGGCACUGGUGUACAAGCUCAGCACACUGCAGCUGCUUGUGGCUCGGGCAACAAGGAUUCUGAAUGAGUGUGAUGUGGGGCUGUAUCGUGGAGUGGGCGGGGUCAGAGAUGACCUCAACAUCCACGAGAAGGCUCUGGACAUUCUCAUAGAGCUCCUCAAGAAGGAACAGCUGGAUGAGAGUGUACCACUAUAUGGACUGGACAAAGCCAUCACUCACUUCGAGAAUCUCCUCACGACACGGCUACAUUACGAGACCCCCCUCAGCCGUGGGAACUCAGAGGACCUCUUGUCUAGAAUGAGUGUCCUCUCCUCCGGCUGUGACUUCCUCUCUAUUGAGCUGCUCUGUCUGAGGAGGGCGGGGCAAGAAGGCGGAGUCUGGGCCACUCAAAUCAAAGAGAUGGAGAGCUUUAACAAUGACCUCAGACAAGCUUGCAGGAAGAUUCGCCGCAAGGUACCUGCCUCUAACUCUCGUCGCAUGUUGAGGUAUGACAGCACAGUGAGUGAGACUCUGAACAAAACAGGGCAGAGACAGCUGGUCCUCAUUGACGCCUUCAAGGCACUCCACCUCAAGGCCAGCCAGAAGGCUAACAGUCUCACUGGCUCUGAGAAACUAACGAGUGGUGAAUUGGAGGGGCUUACUCGUGAGGUGGUGACCAGUGGAGCUCUGUUAGAGUUUAGCAUUGAGGGGAAGGACGCUAAGGAGCAGCUGCGUGCUAACAUGACCACCAACGCCACCUCUCUCGAUGAAUUCCUCGUCUCUUUAGGGGAGGGGAUAUACGACACACAGGCCACUAAGUCUAAGCCCGAGGCUCCGGCUGUUGUGAAGGCUAAAGCUGUGAAGGCGGAGCUUAGCGAUGUAGAGGGGCUGGGUUUUAAGCUGGUGGAGAGACGGAAGGACAUCAUGGAGCUCAAGAAGGCUCUCAAAAGGAAGGGCCAGGAGCUGAGCGAGGCUGGAGUGAAGAUAGGGUUACUGGAGAAGAAGGUGAAGUCGGCUGAUGGCAAGUGUGAUAAGCAAGUGGGUGUGGAGAGGGAGGAGCAAGACAGGUUGCGGAGGGUCAUGGAUGAGCAGAAAAGGAAGUUCAACAAGACUAUUGAGGUCCUUGAAAAUGACAAGACAUCGCUAGAGAAGAAAGUCGAGGUUCAGUCAAAACGGGGUGCCUUAUUGGACAUUACGAUUGCCGGGAGACUCACCCUUGAGGGUAAGGGAAGUCCCUACUCGAGUCCGUUCAGCAGCCCAAACAUGCCACAGACACCACUCCUCCUGUCAAGGAUAGAGUCUUUGAAGAAAGCUCUCGGCUUCUCCCAACAUGACAACUUCAAGCUCAAAGCUCAGAUAGCCAAGGCUCAGCUCAACUCUCUGCCUCCAUUGCACUUGCCUAAGAGGCUGAUUCACAAGAGGAGAGAGGAGGAUGACAAAGAUGGAGACAAUCAGACCGAUCAAGAGAAGUCCGUACUCAAACGAACAGCUGCCCUCAUUGAGGAUAUAAAGAGGUUCUCGUUGCCCAAAGUAAUCUCUCUAGACGUUGGUGUCACUGCCGACAAGAAUCCUUCACCGAGGGAACAGCUGUCUAAUCAGGUUGCCAACAUCUUUGAAAUGCAACGUCAAGCUCAGCAGCUCAAGGAAGAUGUGACUAGACUGAUAGCCAGUAACUACCCUGGUGGCGUCAUCUCUACACAGCUGGCUUCUUUCACCUCCCCACAAUUUGCAAAGGCCCUGAAUGAAUCUACCCAGCCGUCUGUCCUGGCUGCUCGACUGAAGCUCCCACUACCCCCCGGGCAGCGGCAGUCAUGUGGGGCGUCUCAUCGUGUUGUGGUCAGUCCAGCUCAGUUCUCUCUGUUGCACUCCAGCAUGAUCAGCUGACUGUGAACAGAUGUGUAGCGUUAAAUUGAACAUAUUGUUAUAUGAACAAAAACUUCCUAAUUUGUGGGCGCAUAGAUAUUCUUAUAUCAGUGUAUUUAGUUUGUUAGUAUAAUUAUUGUAUCUACUGCCAUAUUAAAACGAUAACAUUGUUGGAAUCAUUGUG